UUCGUGCGGCGUGGAAGCGUCGUCCCGUCUGGGCAGUGUUUAGAGGAUUGCACUGCCAUUUUCAAUUGCAUCAUUUAAUUUUAUUUAAUCCGCCCAAUUCAAAAUAGCCGAUGCAUUGCGGUGUCUUUUAUUAUUAACUCUGGUUAUAUCGAUUCCAGAGAAGGAAGCGUGGUCAUAACCUGACGAAGACGAAGAAGAAAAGAAAAUCAUUCGUGAGAUCGCUUGGCGGAUGCGUGUUUGUCUCCGAAAUUGGCGGGAACCGGGAGUCAUAUUGGAUUAAGAACAAAAAAAAGACCUUCGUGCUUAAAAAUUCUUUGUACCGUAACUGUUCUAGUGUAGUCUAUCAUAGAACGCAAGAUUUAUUGCAAAAUUGGUGAACGAUACAAGCGUGUGAAAUUUGUAAAAGAAAAUCAUUUAUCGGAUGCAGAAUGCUUACACCAAGCUUUGGCCAAAGCCUGUGCCUCGGACAACAUUCUCGACAAUACGAUGAGGGGAAAAGGAAUUAUACUGCAAAAAGCUAUUCCAGGAAAAAGUAGGCUUUAUGACAUUGAAGAAGAAGAUGAAAUUUCUACUGAAAAAUUUAGAAUCUGAACAUAUUAUGGAGAUGGAUAUCAACGACAUUCCUUUUAUUAUUCAGGAACAGACAGAUGCAACAAACAAUUUAGCAUUAGAUAAAACUGAUGUACAGGUUCUGUUUGAAUUCUGCAUUAAUAUAAAAAAAAGGAAGGAGGAAGGAGCUACAGAAACCUUCAUUGCAAAAAUAAAUAUUACGAUUGAAGUCCUAAUGCAGCAUUUUGGCAUUGAGCAGAAUGAAUUAGGCUAUGUCUUCUACACAAAAUUUAAUGACUGUAGAAGACGAUUCACCUCGACUAGUUUUGUUCACAAUGGAGGGAGGUAUUGCUAUAUUGUUGCAGAUGAGAUUAGAAUGAAAAUUUUUCAGCCAUCUGUUUGCAAAUCAGUAGCUUGUUUAUUGACUUCAUACUAUGUUUGAGAUAAAAAGUACUCCAAUGCAUACAAAAACACAAUGGAAUACAUUGAUCAUGAAAUGAUGGGAACAAUAAAGGAAAAUCCAGCUA